GCAGUUGACUGCUGGUCUUCAGUCCUAGAGUUGUUGGCGGUUCGUUACGUUCACCGAAGCUGCUGCUCGGUCGUGUGUGUGUGUGUCUGUUUUGCAUUUCUCCCCCUCACCCCCUUAUUCCCCCCCGACUAUUUUUAUCGUUGGAAAAAGCAGCAAACACAAAAAUUUCAGUGUGUUUGUCCAAACAAGUUUCACACACACAAAUCUCUUGGUAGAGAAAUAAUCAAAAGUGUUUGUUGGGGGCUGUUAUCGAUUUGCCAGCCCGAAAAAAGUUCCGUGUGUGUGUGCGAGACGACAUGGCGUCAUCUGAGAUCGGUGGCUGAAAACUCUUGUGGAAAAAAUAUCUUACACACACACAACCAACCAACAUAAAUCUCUCUUUUGCCACCAAAUGUUGUUACCAGGAAUCAUUUGACUGCCGAUUUUGUUGAUUGAGAAAGAAAAUAUCCAUCUGCUGUGAUCCAUCUGUGUGGGAAAAAAAAAAGAAACUGAAAAAUAAUGGCUGCUGCUGCUGCUGCUAAAACGAGCGGCUAUUCAACUGCCACCAUGUUUGGAUUAAUUUUAAUGAUGGCGUGGUCGUCGUCGUGUUGGGCGUCGUCGUGGCAAGAAAACGUCAGGCCCAUCAUGUUCGUUCCUUACGGAUCAGACGAAGCGGUCCGUUUCCAAGGCAACACGACCAGCAAAGAUCACUUCCGGUUAUUGCAGUCGGAUGGAGAGUUCGUCCUAGUCGGCGCAAGGAAUGCCGUCUACAAUCUGAGCAUGCCGACCAUGGUGGAGAAUAAGAAAGUCGAAUGGUUCGCCCUGGAGGAUCACGUGAAAAUGUGCCAACUCAAAGGACGCAGCGAGGAGGAAUGCCAGAAUUACAUCCGAGUGCUGGCCAUGAAGAGUCCCGGCCGUCUGUUGCUAUGCGGCACUCACGCCUACAAGCCCAUGUGCCGUGAAUACUCCUACAAGGAAGGUGAAUACGUCCUGGAGAAGCAGGUCAACGGCCAGGGUGUCAGUCCUUACGAUCCAUCACACAACAGCACGGCCGUCCUUGUUGACGGCGAAUUGUUUGUCGGAACGGUGGCCGAUUUCUCCGGAAUGGAUCCGCUCAUUUACCGGGAACCGCUGCGCACCGAGCAGUACGACGCCACCAAUCUCAACGCUCCUAAUUUCGUCAGCUCGUUCGCUCACGGCGAUUACGUCUAUUUCACGUUCAGGGAGACGGCCGUCGAGUACAUGAACUGCGGCAAGACGGUGUACUCUAGGAUCGCCCGCGUUUGCAAAUCGGAUCGAGGUGGACCCCACAAGUUCCGCUACCGCUGGACGUCGUUCCUCAAGUCGAGACUCAACUGUUCCGUCUCGGGAGAUUACCCGUUUUACUUUAACGAAAUCCAAUCGACGGCCGGCCCGUACGAAAGCCGCCACGAGGGCAAACGGGUGGACAUAAUUUACGCCACGUUUACGACGCCUUCCAACGCUCUGUCCGGCUCGGCCGUUUGCGCUUUCCGCCUCCACGACGUCGAGAAAGUCUUUGACGGGGCCUUCAAAGAGCAGGCCGCCUUGAACUACAACUGGCUGCCCGUUCCGGCUCACAAGGUGCCGGAACCGAGGCCCGGCCAGUGCGUCAACGACUCUCAGACUCUGCCGGACGUGACCCUCAACUUUAUCAAAUCGCAUUCGCUGAUGGAUGAAUCGGUGCCGUCCAUGUUGAACGAGCCGCUCAUCAUCCGCACGGGAUUCCAUCACCGGUUCACCAAGAUCGAAGUGGAUCCUCAAGUCAAAACGCCCGAAGGCAAAUACUACGACGUCCUAUUCAUCGGCACAGAUAACGGCAAAGUCAUCAAAGCCAUCCGGACGGAUUCCGGCCAACCGGUGGUCAUUGAGGAAAUGCAAGUCUUCCCAGUUUCCGUGCCCGUCACCAACAUGAUGAUCCACCGCGGCAAAGUGGGCGGAGGCGCCGACGGAAGCUCGGAAGAGCCGCGAUUGGUUGUCUCCUCUCAGAGUGAAAUCGCCUCGCUCAAACUCCAGCGUUGCUACAGCGACAAAGUCUCCACCUGCAGCGAUUGCGUCAAGUUACGCGAUCCGUACUGCGCCUGGGACAAGCGGAAGCAAAAGUGUGUGGCCGUCGGGUCGUGGACCCUGGGCUCGAAUUUGUUCCAGAACGUGGCCACUGGAUUUCACGAGUCGUGCCCGGAUUCGACUCACGGAAAAUCGAUGGUCAAGUCGCCGCCCAGUCGGGACAAUAGCGCCGGAUAUGUGGCUUCGUCGUCCUCUUCCGGCGUGGCGGAAGCUUCGCUCUUCAACGCCGAUUUCCCGGCCUCCCCGCCGUCGUCGACUGGACCUUCCAGGGGCGGCAAAUCCUUCGCCACCCACAGCCACGUCGCUUCCGACUUGGCCGACGGCGUGGACAAGGACGACGGAGCCGGAGGAGGAGACAUGGACGCCGGAAUGGACGGGAGUUUGGAUUUGGACGACAUGGACGACAUGGGCGGCGGAGGCGGCGGCUCGGUGCGCAACGACAACGGCCCCCGCAUUUCGCCCGACGAGUCACAGCCAAAAUACACGGUCGAGACGUUGGCCAUCGCUGUCGCCGCCGGAUCGCUGGCCGCCCUCUUUCUCGGCUUCGUCCUGGGCUACUGCUGCGGACGCAAGUGCCGCAAGAACGAGGAGGACAACAUGCCCUACCCGGACACUGAAUACGAGUACUUUGAGCAGCGCCAAAAUUGCCACAUGCGAAGGUUACAAGAGGAUCCCAAGUUGCUUCCGCAAGAGGAGGCGACGUAUGCCGAACCGAUUUUGAUGCCGACGGUCAAUAAGACGAUGACGCUGACGCCCAGCAACAUCGUCCAGCACCAGCAGCAGCAGCAGAUGAAUGGCAACCAUUGCGGCGGCGGUGGCGGUUACAGCACGACGUCGCCCAAGGCUACCCUGCGCAAAGUCAUCAACAACCACAACUCGGCUCUGACGUCCAACAACGCCAACAACACGGUGGGCGCCCUCUUCGAGUCGAGCCCGUCACCUUGCCCGUCCAACGGACUCUACGCGCCCUACAGCGACCACGGCAACAAUUACGCCACGGCCACCAACACGACAAUGUCCAACAAUCCGGCCAGGGACCCUUACAGCAGUUUCCGCAGUCGUGACGCUUACGGGGCCGGCUCGAUGAGGAGCCAACAACAACAACCGCAACACUCGACUGGCUACAACGGACAACAGCAGCUGGUGCCCUUGGGCGGAAUGGUCGGAGGUGUGGGCGGCCUCCAGCCGCUUGGGCCGCUCGACGGCUCGGCCGCCCUCUACGGCGGAACGCUCCGAUCCAGCAACAAAGCCGGAAAUCUUGGCGACAAUUACGGAACGGCCCGUAGUGUCAAAAAGGUCUACCUCUAAAAAAAAACCAACUGCGACAAAAGAAUAAAUAUUUUUAUUGGGGUCAGAAUGGAAUUUAAAAGAAACCACAAGAUGAUUAAGAAAUUAGCCCCUAAUAUCUAAUCUAUCCAUUUAAUUAUAAUUAUAUUUAAUUAAGUUGGGAUUAAACGAAAAAUUGAAAUUAAUCUACCAAUUUGUCUAAAUUUGAGUUUCCGAUUUUUGGUUGUUGUACAAAAGCGUUUGGCGUUCCCUCUACCGAUCUGAAUCCAUUUUUAAUGACACGGAACAAUUAUUUUGUGCCGGUUGACACCGCAGAUUUAUAAAUAAGACAUAGGAAAUAAGUGUUGUAUAAUUUUUGGGGGGGUUUAUCUUUAAAAAAACAAACAAAAACUCGACGUGCGCCAGCCAGCGAGAAUCGAAGGAGAGAGAAAGACGUAGAGAAAUCAGUGCAAUACUGAUGUCCAAAUUGUCCAGCUACUGCUUUCUUUCAAUCUUACAUAAUACAAUUGUCAUUGUGGGAAAAAAAAAUCCAAAAGUAAAAAAGAAAAAAUUCUUGUGUGUAUUUUCCCUCCUCUUUUUCAAUUUGAUAUAUAUACUACCAACAACAAAUGAUGGCCAAUAUCUCAGAACUCCAGAUCCGUCUCUGACGGUAAUUUGUGUAUAAUUUAUAAUGUUCUGUUUCGACUUUUUCCUUUUCCGUUUUUUUUCUUUCUUUUAAAAGACGAGAUUAUUUCUUUUGUUGUGCGUUGGCGAAAAAAUUAAUUCAAUUGCUAUUAUUAUUAAUUAUUUUUUUUUCGUCAUCCCAUCAUCAAAAAAUUUUUUUCUGGUUUUGCUGUGGUCCGUGUUUCUUGUAUCUGUGUCCCGGGGUGAUGUGUAAAUAAUUUUGUAAAGUUGGUAAAAAUUUAAUUUUUUUUUUCUUUUAAUUUUCUUAAUUUUUUUUUUUUUUGUAAAAGAAAAGGCUACGAUGAGAAAAAUGGGAAACGACAUGCAACACAGAGAAAGUUUUUUAUCAAGCUAUAAAUUUGUCUUAAAAUUUUUUUUUUGGGGUGGGGUCGUAUCGAGCAGCUCGGAAACAACAAACCGUCUAUAAAUAUUUUUUAAAAUUCUAGUUUUUUUUUCUCUUUUUCUUUUACUUCCCCCCCCCCCCCAAAAAAAAAAAAAACUCGAAAUGUCUUUCCAUUUAGUUGUAAUUAUUCCUUCCUUCCUUAUCAUUAUUUUUUCAGCAACAAAAAUAUUUGUGUCUAUUCCUAUAUACCCUUACCCAGCCCGACAAGAUCGUUGUUUUUGAUGUGGUUCGUUAUAACUAUCGCCUCCCAUCCAACCAACCCCUCUCCCUCCCCAUCACCUCCUUUUUUUUAAAUAAAUAUAAACAAAUGAUAAAAAAAAAUAAGCCGGUCCUAAUAAUGUCCACAUGUUAUUUGGGGCGAUGUGACAGUCCGAUCCAACUUAGAAUUAUUUUUUCGGGAGGUGCAAUUUAAAAGAAGAAACAAAAUAAGAAGAAAUUACCAAAUAUUUGGGAACUAUUUUGUCGUCUGUUGGGGUUUGUGCAAGAAGAAAUUAAAUCAAAGUUAUCCCCGAAAAAAGAAUAAAAACCCCGAAAACCCUAUUUAAUAAAAUCAGCCACAACACAAAUCGACAUUCAAAAUCGUGCACACACGCGUAUUGAUGAUAUGAUAUACAUUGUCCCCGAGCUAUUUAAACGGUGGCUCUCCCUACGAUUCAAUGAUGUGAGUAUUUUUUAAAAAUUUGUGAAUUAUCAUUUUUUGAAUUGAAGAAAAAAACAAAAAACAAAAUUAAAAAUAAUUAUUUGAUUCCCUUGUGCUGUGGUGGACGAAAAAAGAAUCGGUGGGUGUGUCCAGCACUUUCAUUUUUAUUUUUCUCUGUGCUGGGCGAAUUUUCCAAACGCCCUCCUCCUCUCCUUGUGUGCCAUUUGUUUGUUCGUUUGAUCCGUUUCUCUUUCAUUUUUCCGGUCCGUUUGAAGAAAACCCAAAAAAUCGAAUAGCCUACUAAACCAGCGGGUGUAUAAAUUGAAACUUUGACGUUCAUUUCGGAUAGAUUUUUACAUGCAUCUUGCCACACACACGCUGCUGCCCGUCUACCUAUAUUUGUCUGUCUCUCUCCUUCUUCCUUCUUCUCUUUUUGGAACGGACCGAAAAAUUUGCAAAGAAAUGGUGCAAAAUAAAAAAACACGGAAAUAAUUUGCAAAAAAUAACUUAAAAACAAAAAGAUAAAAAAAAAAACACAAAAAUUAUGCGUCGCUUUGUAUCUCGAAUUUGUCUGUUGUU